CAGCUGUGACUUAAAAAAAACAAAACUCUGCAGAUCUCAGCUGCUCCUCAGCGUCUCCUCAAACCCUCCUUCAGUCCUCCUCCUGCUUCUCCUCCAGACAUUCUCCUUCUCCUGCUUCUUGCCCUGCUUCUUCUCAUUUUUCUUCUUCUCCUCCGGACCUCCUCCAGUUCCUCUCCCUGCUCUCCUGCUCUCCUCGGGGAACCAUGGCGCUGCUCUCGGACCGUCUCUCUGUCUACGUGGCGCUCCAUGUUCUGGUUCUGUGGUCGGUUCGGGUGUCGGCGGCGGUUCCGGGCAGCAGCUCCUCGGGUCUGUCGCUACUGCAGCCCUAUGACUUUCUGUACUACAGUGGGGUUCGGGCGUACUUCGGCGGGGACUGGAUAAAGGCGGCGGAGAUGCUGGAGAGAUCCAUCGGAACCAGAGAGGCUCUGCUCGGGGUUCGCAGGAGGUGUCACCGGGACUGUGGAUCCGCAGGGACAAGGGCAGUGGAGCAGCUGGAUUCAGACCCAGACGGUCUGUGGGACCUGUGGAUGUUGGACUGGGUCCAGCAGAAAGCCGAGUGUCUCCGGUUCUGUCUCAGACGCUCCGUCACUCCUGCAGCUCAGCUUCCUGUUUCCACCGACAUCGAGUAUGAAUUCGGGACUCGGAACCCGUACAACUUCCUGCAAGUCACCUACUACAAGCUGGAGAAGCUGCAGAAGGCGGCAGCGGCGGCUCACACUUAUUUCGUGGCGAAUCCGAGUCACCUGGAGAUGAGGAACAACAUCGAGAAGUACCGUCGGAUGGAGGGAGUGAACGAGGAGGACUUCCAGGACCGAGAGCUGGAGAAGGAGAAGCACUGGGUUCUGUACGACGCAGCGCUGCAGCAGGAGGCCUCCUCUGAUUGGCUGCAGGCUGCUCUCACCUGGACACGUUGCGUUUCUGAAACCCUGCGGCAGAUGGACGAGUGUCGGCUGCAGUGCGACGUCGAGCCUCAGCGGCUGCCGGAGGACCGAGGCGUCGACGGCGUUGACGGAGCGUUUGAAAAGGCUGCAGCUCUGGCGCUGUCGCUGCUGUCCUGCCGACAGUCCUGCAGCUCUCAGAUCGCAACCAGACCCGGAAGGAUUUCUGCCCAGGAGGACUUCCUGCCCACACAGCUGGAACAUCUGCACAUCGCUCAGUUUAAAGCCGGAGACGUUGGAGCCGCUCUGCAGACGCUUCGCUCUCUGCUGCUGUUUUAUCCUUCAGAUAAAGACUCUUUAGAGAACCUGCAGCUCUACUCUGAGACUCUGGGGGGCGACACCGAGUCACCGGACACUCAACCUGCUCAGGAAAUCGUCACGUUCGUCCAUCGAUCUCUGCAGGAGAAGAAGCUGCUGUACUUCGGUGUGGAGAACCUCGGCUUCACGUUCUCCGACCCGGAUCUCUGGACUCCAGAGGACGUAGUUCCUGAAUCUCUGAGGGACAUCUGGAGAGCUGAUAAACAGAAGAUGACUGAGAAGAUGGAGGAGGACCAGCUGGAACAGGAAGUGGACGACAGCGGCUUCUUCUCUGGUGGUCCAGUCCAUCAGGUGGGUGUCACCAUCACGAUGGACGACGAGGUCCUGAACGGGACCAAUCGGGUCGUUCUGGAUGGUGUGAUGUCAGAGAAGGAGUGUGACAGAAUCCUGCAGCUGGCAGCCGUGGCAGCAUCCGUUGGCGACGGUUACCGCGGGCGACGGUCUCCACACACGCCUCAUGAGACGUUUGAGGGCCUGACGGUGCUGAGGGCGGUGAAGCUCGCUCAGGACGGACUCGUCAACCAAUCAGACGCUCGGCUGCUGCACGAACUCGGCGAGCGAGUCAGAGUUCUGCUGCACUCGUACUUCAGGAGCCCGUCCGGACUCUUCAUCUCCUUCACGCACCUGGUCUGUCGCAGCGCCGUCGCAGGGGACCAGGAGGGCCGGUUGGAUCUGUCUCAUCCCGUCCACGUUGAUAACUGUCUGCUGGAGCCGGAGACCAAACAGUGCUGGAGGGAACCUCCAGCCUUCAUCCACCGAGACCUGAGUGCCAUCCUCUACCUGAACGACAACUUCGACGGAGGCGACUUGUUCUUCACCAACAGAGACGCAAAAACAGUCACAGCGCGAGUGAAGCCCAGCUGUGGGCGGCUGGUCGGGUUCUCCUCCGGCCCGGUGAACCCUCACGGUGUGACGGCGGUGACCCGAGGCCGGCGCUGCUCGCUGGCUCUGUGGUUCACUAAGGAGAAGCUCUACAGAGACAUGGAGCGAGAAGAGGCCGAAGCCCUGUGGGCCGCCGACGGACAAACUGUGGUGAAGAAGGACGAGGACGAGGAGGGCGGAACCAAAGGACGAAACGCUCGCAGUCAAGCGACUCCGGAGAAAAGUCGAGGGAGAGGAAGAGUGACGGGAGGCAGAGACGAACUCUGAAGGCCUCCUAGAAGCAGACAGACUGAAACCACGGAGCAUUUACAGACACUGACAUCAUCUGUUCAGCUGCUGCCUUCAAUGUAAAGCUGGUAUCUGUGUAAAUACUGCGGUUAUUCUGUAUAUGAUGAAGGUAAGUCAGGGAGACGCUGUCCUUUAAAGUCUGUACUUUGGUUUCUGGAGCUUUACUGACAGAAAGGGCUGCAAACAACGAUUAUUUCUACUGUGGAUUAUUUUCUGAAUUAAUCAAUCACAUGUUUGAUCUAUAAAAUGUUGAAAAAUGUGAA